AGAGAAGGGGACGAUGACGAUAGCAAGGGACCUGGAUUACGGAGCUUUCAUGGAGAAAUUCAUCCUCCCGCCCUCGCCAGCCUCGUCUCCUGAGCAACUCCCCUUGAAUCGCCUCACGUUUGCCGUCAAAGACAUAUUUGACAUGGAUGGUUAUGUGACUGGAUUUGGGAAUCCAGAUUGGUUAAGGACUCAUUCUGCUGCUACAUCCACAGCUCCUGCUGUUUUGGCCAUGUUGAAGGCAGGUGCCACGUGUCUUGGCCGAACUGUCAUGGAUGAAAUGGCUUACAGUAUAAAUGGAGAAAAUGUACAUUAUGGAACACCUGCUAAUCCGUGUGCACCAGACCGGGUUCCUGGAGGGUCAUCAAGUGGCUCUGCUGUAGCAGUUGGUGCUACGCUUGUGGAUUUCUCUUUAGGCACCGAUACCGGAGGAAGUGUAAGAGUUCCUGCAUCAUACUGCGGAAUUUUUGGGUUUCGCCCAUCCCAUGGAAUUGUUUCGACCGAUGGAGUUAUUCCCAUGGCACAGAGUUUUGAUACUGUUGGAUGGUUCUCUAGGGAUCCCGGGACUUUAAAUCACGUUGGGAAGAUACUUUUGCAGUUGCCAGAUGAAAAACAUGUGCGGCCUAGUCGAGUUUUGAUUGCUGAAGAUUGUUUUAAGCUUCUUAGUAUCCCAAGCACCCGAGUGACCAACGUUAUUGCUAGAUCAGUAGAGAAUCUAUUUGGAGAUCAUAUUUUACGGCCUGUUAACCUUGGGGACUAUGUUGAAAGCAAAGUUCCAAGUUUGAAGCACUUCAUGGAGGAUGAUUUUGAAAAUCAAGAAUUUAGCAUUAGUUCUUUGGUGGCUCUCUCUACUGCCAUGCGAUUGCUACAAAGGUUUGAAUUCAAGAAGAACCAUGGUGAAUGGGUGAGCACGGUGAAACCUGACUUGGGUCCAGGUAUAUCAGAACGGGUACUUGAUGCUCUAAAGACAUCAGGAGAACACAUUGAUGCAUGCGAGUCCGUGAAGACCCAACUACGCGAAGCUCUCACUGCUCUCUUAGGGGAACAUGGCAUACUUGUCAUCCCUACUGUUCCUGGACCUCCACCUAAAUUGCAAACAGAUCCCACUUUAUUGGAAACAUUUCGUGCAAGGGCAUUCAGCUUGUUGUCAGUAGCUGGAGUAUCUGGACUUUGCCAGGUGACGAUUCCACUAGGGAAAUAUAACGAUCUUCCUGUGGCGGUUUCUUUGUUGGCGAACCAUGGUUCAGAUGGAUUCCUAUUAAGUCUUGUUGAGACCCUUUAUGACACUUUGAAACAAGAAGUUGAAGUUGCUGAGAAGCUGAGCUACUAGAUUCAGAUAUUGUGUUUGAACAUAAUUCAGAUGGCUCAUGCAAAUCAAAAAAGGGAAGUUAUAUGUUGGCUUGUUGGUUCCUACCUAAAACGCUAGUGUUACCAGAUGCUUUUAAAGCUUGUAUCGACACUUAAAAAAGAAUUCAAGCUCAUGAAAACUUUUUAUCUUGA